AUGGCAAACACCGACCGGGGUGAUGAAAGCAUUGACUUUGAGGAGGGUAGCGCCGAGAAGCUGACAAGCAACGGGAGCAGUCGGUCUUUUGGCUCCGAUUUAGUCACACUGGGUUCGGAUAAUGGGACUGACACGUCCGGGGAGAAAGAAGUGGACAAAUACGGCUUUACAGGUGGAACCCAGCAGUACCCUGGACUGGAUGCAGAAGAAAUCCCGUCAUACGUGUUGAGACAGCGGGAAGCCAAAUGGCUGGAGAUGCUGGACAGCUGGGACAAGUGGAUGGCCAAAAAGCACAAGAAGGUGAAAGAUCGCUGCCAGAAGGGAAUUCCGCCCUCAUUGCGUGGUCGUGCCUGGCUCUACCUGACGGGAGGAAAAGUGAAGGUGCAGCAAAACCAGGGCAAAUUUCAGGAGUUGGAGAGGCUACCGGGAGAUCCCAAAUGGGUGGACAUCAUUGAGAGAGACCUCCACCGACAGUUUCCCUUCCAUGAAAUGUUUUCAGCUAGGGGGGGACACGGACAGAAGGACUUGUUCAGCGUGUUGAAGGCGUACACACUGCACCGUCCGGAGGAGGGCUACUGCCAGGCGCAGGCGCCAAUCGCUGCUGUGCUCCUCAUGCACAUGCCGGCUGAGGAGGCCUUCUGGGUCCUUGUCCAGAUUUGUGAGAAGUACCUUCCUGGAUACUACAGUACAGGGCUGGAAGCCAUCCAACUGGACGGAGAGAUUCUUUACGCGCUACUGCGAAGGGUUUCCCCAGUGGCGCACAGACACCUCAAGCAGCACAAGGUGGAGCCCAUCAUGUACAUGACCGAGUGGUUCAUGUGCGCCUUCUCCCGCACGCUCCCAUGGGCAUCCGUGCUUCGCGUGUGGGACAUGUUCCUCUGUGAGGGAGUGAAAAUUCUCUUCCGCGUCGGCCUGGUCCUUCUCAAAUGCACGCUAGGAUCUUCAGAGAAGGUGAAGGCCUGCCCGGGGAUGUAUGAAACAAUGGAGCUUCUUCGAGCCAUACCACCUCAAUACAUGCAGGAGAGUUUUCUAGUGCGAGAGACCAUAGACCUGCCCAUAUCAGCAAAAGACAUCGAGAAGGAGCACCUGGCACAGCUGCGGCGCUGGAAGGAGACCCACGGCGACCUCCGCUGCAAGUCCCCUCCCAGAAUGCACGGCGCCAAGGCCGUCAUGGUUGCCGAGCCGCCGGACCGACAGGAUCUGAGGCAGAGGCCCACCAUCAUUGUGGAAACCCCACCCGAGGUAGACGGCGACAGGAGCACCCGCAGGGCUAAAAGGAAGAAUCGGAAAAAGAGCGUCCUGCCGUCGGAGGAGACCGGUAAUGCCUCACAACCUCUCCCGGAACCGUCGCCGCUCCUUCGACCGCCAAGCGCAAACGCGUCAAAAGAGAGCGAUAGCGGCGCCGAGAACGACACUUAUCUAUAG